AGGUGGCACUGACUGGCACUGAUGGGUGACACUGAAAGGCAGCUCAGAUGGGCACUGAUAUGUGGCAUUGAUGUGCACUGGCACGGGGCACUGAUAUGUGGCAUUUAUGUGGCACUGAUGGGCACUGGCACAAGGCACUGAUGAGCACUGACACAAGGCACUGAUGGACACUGACAGGUGGCACUGCUGGGGCUACACUGAUCAUCAGGGCACACUGAUCAUCACUGUCAGCGUGACAGCUCGAGAGCAGAGAAAUGCCGACAACUGGCAUUUCCCUGUUUACAUGUGAUCAGCUGUG